CAGAAGGGGUGUGCAUUUGCAAAGUCGACCGAGAUCGCUUGUGUCGGGUCUCUAGUCUAGGUCAUUUCUUCGCCUUCAUUUAAAAAAAAAAGAUUCUCUCACCUUCAAUCGGUCAUCAUGUGUGAUGAAGAUGUUGCAGCUCUUGUCGUAGACAAUGGCAGUGGAAUGUGCAAGGCUGGUUUCGCUGGAGAUGAUGCUCCCCGUGCCGUCUUCCCCUCCAUCGUCGGCCGUCCCCGCCACCAGGGUGUGAUGGUCGGUAUGGGCCAGAAGGACAGCUACGUCGGAGACGAGGCCCAGUCGAAGAGAGGUAUCCUGACCCUGAAAUACCCCAUCGAGCACGGUAUCGUCACCAACUGGGAUGACAUGGAGAAGAUCUGGCAUCACACUUUCUACAAUGAACUGCGCGUGGCCCCGGAGGAGCACCCAGUUCUGUUGACUGAGGCACCACUCAACCCAAAAGCUAACCGUGAAAAGAUGACACAGAUCAUGUUUGAGACAUUCAACACGCCAGCUAUGUACGUCGCCAUCCAGGCUGUCCUCUCCCUCUAUGCAUCUGGUCGCACCACCGGUAUUGUUCUGGACUCCGGUGAUGGUGUUACACAUACAGUACCUAUUUAUGAAGGAUACGCUCUGCCCCACGCAAUCCUCCGUCUCGACCUGGCCGGCCGUGACUUGACUGACUACCUCAUGAAGAUCCUCACUGAGCGUGGUUACUCUUUCACCACCACUGCCGAGCGUGAAAUUGUCCGCGACAUCAAGGAGAAGCUCUGCUACAUUGCCCUGGACUUUGAGCAGGAAAUGCAGACCGCUUCUUCAAGCAGCGCCCUGGAGAAGAGCUACGAGCUUCCCGAUGGUCAGGUCAUCACCAUUGGCAACGAGCGAUUCCGCUGCCCUGAGGCCAUGUUCCAGCCAGCCUUCUUGGGAAUGGAAUCGGCUGGUAUCCACGAGACCACUUAUAACGGUAUCAUGAAGUGCGAUGUAGACAUCCGCAAGGACCUGUACUCUAACGUCGUCCUAUCCGGUGGUACUACCAUGUACCCGGGAAUUGCGGACAGGAUGCAGAAGGAAAUCACUGCCCUGGCACCACCGUCGAUGAAGAUCAAGGUCAUUUCCCCGCCAGAGCGAAAGUACUCUGUGUGGAUUGGUGGCUCCAUUUUGGCAUCGCUCUCCACCUUCCAGCAGAUGUGGAUCUCCAAGCAGGAGUAUGACGAGUCCGGUCCUAGCAUUGUCCACCGCAAGUGCUUCUAAACACUGCUAUGCCUGAGAAGCUGCAGUGUAGCCAGUCAACCACCACCACCACUGGACCUGGCUUUGGCAUCACACGCAACACCACUAUGCUGCCAUACUGUCAUAUUAUCUCAUUUAGGAGCAUGUGCCCUCUGUCGGUGCAAAGCAGAGUGUUCAGAGCAGCUUGUUAUCCACUCACUGUCUUGACACUGCUUUGCAGCAAUCGAGCCUUCUUACUUUGUGGACGCACACCUCAUCAUGAGCUACUCUACUUCAAAUAUAUACGCAGGCACAUAUUAUAUCAGCUGUUCUAAUCCAGUGUCAUGUUCUGUUCUGCCAUUA